AUGAAAGCUCAUUAACAUUUUUCAAACCCACUUUCUAACUAGAAGUAAGGAAUGUAGACUGACACUGAUUUCAAAGCAGACUAGAAGUAGAGAGGCACUUAAAGACCAAAGUCCUCUGAUAAAACGGCAGCUCGAGCUGGAAUCGGGAAUAAGAUAAGUGAUAAGCCAACUGGGUUAAGCACAAUGAAUAACGAUAAUAAUAAUCAGCAAAACGCCAACUAAAUGGCCGAAGAGUACAAAGAGAGAAUGCAGGAGAAGUUGAAGAGUAGGAUUAUAAUGGACACGAGAUUUCAGAAAAUCAAGCAAGAUGCUUAGAUCGAUGUGGAAGUGGAGUUUCAGAAAAACUUCAAAGAUUACGAUCUGAUUGUAGACACAGCUAGCAAUUUAUUUCUCCAAGACAAACAGACCAGCAAAAUAUCGCAAAACAGGCAGCAAGAGUCAACAAUGAGAGUAGAUCAAGUUGCAGCUGAAAUCCAAAAACAAGCAGCUGCUCUUAUGCUGCCUCCUCUGGUCAAACUAGUAGAUGAGCAGGAAUACGACAAGGAGGAGCUAGAUCCGAAACAUGUGCUGAGGAACAGAGCUUUGAAGGACAAAAAUUUAGAUUUGUAUGGCCAGAUAGACAAAUUUAAAAGAGAGGCGGCGCACAUGUAUGUCCAGAUGGAUCAAGAGUCAGAGAUAGAUCGGAAGUCUCAUGCAGGAGAGGAUGAAGAUGAGGAUCUCUUAGGUGACUAGUACGGCAGGAAUGGGGCGAAGAAGUAGGAGUCGCAGAGCAUGAUAUCAAAUGAAUUCUGGGAUGAAAUUAAGAGCAGUCCUUCCAUGCAAGGCAAAACCAACACUUCAAGAAUCAAACCAUAGCAACUAGAAAGGGACAACAUGAUGAAGCAGAAUUUUGACGAUGUUGUGCAUAAUUUUUAGUUCUAAAAGAAUCAGGUUAUGGACCAUAGGUCUAGGGAAAUCGGAUAAUUAAGAGCAUAGAGCCUAGGAGUUGGCAGUCAAGAUGACAGAUUAAAUAGCUCUUACGGUAGAAAUAGAACUCCUGGCAGAAUGAAUAUGGUAAGCAGCAAUUAACUAAACAUGGAUGAAGCAGUUUUGCCAAUAAUGACUACCAAAGAAGCGAUGAUGAAGCAAAACAUCCUAUACACAGAAGCUGAAGUCUAGUCUAUUAGGAAUGAAAACGCUAGGCAAGUCAGACUAGUCAAGAAGGCAGCCGAGGUUCAAAUGCGGAACAUCAAGAUGCUUGCCAAAGAAAAGGCCCGAGACAUGCUAGAAAAGACAGUUAGGAGAAUCAAUGAGUAAUUCCAACAUGAAAUAGUGGCGCUCUUGCUAGACUACAGCAACAUCAGGGAAUAGCUGACUAAGAAUGAGAGAGAUACGAGAGUAAUGAGAAAGAGGAUUACUGAGUAAGAGGUAGAUAUCACUUAGAGAAACCAGAGAAUGCUUGCGAGUGGGCUGCUUGAAUCUAAUAAAGAACUGGAGUUAAUGGAGCUAGAGGAGCCCAAAGAUGAAUCAUUGCAGCCACUAUCUUAAAAGCUUGAAUCAUACUAUGAUAAAAAACAGAAAAAUCCAACAACAUACAAAGAAUCAUACUUUGUUGAGAAAAACUGUCCUAAGCAUCUUAACAAUGCCUUCAAUUUCUAUGGAGGCUUUGUCUAAUUAAACUUGAAAGAAAAAGCAUAAGUAGUUGAGAGUGAAAUAGUAGUGUAUUACAAGCAAACACUGAUUGAGCUUGAGUAGAAGAAUAAAGUACUUGAAAGUGAGGUUAAACUGCUCAAACAGUUGAAUCUUGAUUAUUAUAAGGAAGCAAAUGAAUAAGAGUAGCAUAUCAAAGAUUUGGAUUAAAAGAUUUUAGACUAGGUUGAAGAUUAAAAUGCAUUGAUCGCUAAAUAUGAACUCAGGAUUAAGUAAAUGUUUGAGGACUUUUUCUCUGAAAAGUCGAAGAUGGAAGAGGAAGCAUUAAAAGAAAAGACAAUACUGCAAGAGGAGUUAAGGCUUAAUGACAUAAUCAAGGAAUAGCUGCAACAAGGGCAGGAUAAAUUACGGCAGGAACUCAAGGAACUCAAAAGAAUAAUAAAAAUUCCCAGGAUGCAUUUUAAGUAUUUAGAGAAAUUGGAAUACGAUGAAAUACUAAACUAAAUGAAGGAGAUUGAGGAGAAGCAAGUAACUCAUCCAUCAUCCAGCAAUCUUAUGAGCAAUCGGAAGAAAAUCCUGAAGAAGCAUAUCAGAAAUCUGUCAAUGACUAGCAAAGAUAUGCAGAAGCCCAUUGAUUCAAUGACAUCUUUUUUCACAACCCCGAUACAGAACUAGAUCUCUUAAAAGCACUAGGUUGGUAUAAAUGCUAUAAUAAUACCUUCAGCAUAGCAUUAGUCUAAUGACUUGGUUGGACUAGCAAAUCAGUAAUUAGAUAACAGUUAUGGAAAGAUGCACAACAUGAAUUCAAAUAAACAACAGUAGUUUACUAAUCUUACUCUGAAUAAGCGAGAUAGUCUUUCUUCAAGAAGCGAUCUAAGAAAGAGAGCUGGAGCUGGUGAAAUGAUGUCUCACACUUAAGUUGGAUUUUAACACUUCAAUAACAUGGUUGGAAUGAAAGCUGGUCUGGAAAAUAAUCAUGUUAUAUUUAGCAAAGAAAAUAAACUCAAGCAGAGAUUAGGCAACUUGACUUCUCUGUCCCCCAGAAGUUAAACAGCGAUCUCUAUGAAGCCGAGUAACAAAAAUAUAAGGACUCCCUCAACUUAAAGAGUAUCUGGAUUAGUUCCAACUGACAAUUAGAUUAGCGCUGGCAACUCAAACAAUCCUGUGUCAGCAGCACUGAAUAGUAAUUACCAGUCCUACAGGUAGCAUAGUUAGGUACUAAUGGGAGAGAAUGAAGCUGCAGUAUAAUAAUUAAUGUCUAAAGAAACAGCCAAGAUGAGUAGCCCUCAUCAGUAGAAUCUGAUGUUUUAGCAUUAGACAUCCAACAACCCUAACAGUUCAACCAAGAAUCCUCAUCAUCUUGAUUAUGUUGGAUCAAGAGAUUCAGACAGUCAUUUCAACAAUACAGGUCAUAACUUUGUUGGAAUGUAAGUUCAGAACAGAAAUGGAGGUGAUAAAAGACUGUCUAUGGUCACCUCUAAUAAAUAUGACUCUAUAACAUUUGUCUAAAAGAAGAAGACUAAUAAUCUGAUAACAGCUGGUGAUACCAUGUCUUCUAAAGGUGGCGGCACAAGAUAAUGA